AUGAUGCAGUGUUUGAAAGUUGUGGCGGUCAUCUUCGCUUGUUCAGUCCUGCUGUCUCAGGUAAGAACACUUCUGGUAUUUCAAUUCCAAACCGAAGGGAGAUGCUAGCUUAUUUGCAUGGCCUGCAUUUCAGGUGUCUUUAUGCUUGGCUAUGCCAAGUUCACAGAGACCAGAAUUACCAGCCGUAUCAAGACAGCAUGACUGCUAGCUGUUAUUAGCAUUCUGCUCAUCAUUAUGCCAUGUGUUUUUGGAAGGAGGGUUUGGCUAUUGCAAGGACUUUGGAGCAGACAUGUUGUGCUGCCACACAGGUUGUGUGUGUUAACUAGGCCAGGCAAAGGCCUGUUUUGCCUUUACUGCAACCAGCCCAAGCUCUACUUUUGUCCCAUAGAAAUGAAUGUCAACCAGUAACUUGUACUGGAAAGAAAGUAAAACGGUGUACUUAAUGACUCGUGAGUUGUGUAUUUUUGGAUGUAGGAAGUGUUAGGUUUUGACAUUCCUACUGGUCUGGAGAACGGUUGUGCAGAAACAGCAAUAGCUUCCAUAUAGAAAUGACUUCAGCCAAAUUCUGCAGAGAAUCAGGAGGGCUUAAUAGCUAAAUGGACCUCAACAAAAUAUGUAACAGCUGCCUACAAUUCUGUUUCAGACACACUGUGCCCCUCUGCAUCCAGAAAACUCUCAGCUAUUAAGGCCGAAGAGAAUGACACCCUUCUGGAGAGGGAUCUCAAGACCGAUUGGAGCAGCGUGCAGGGAUAACAGUGAAUGUGCCACAAGACUAUGCAGGUAAUUUUUAUCUCACUCCUUGAAAUGAAUUCCAUGAUGACAGGAGCAGCCAUCUGAGUCAUCCUGAACAGAAAUGAGGAACAUAUGCGACUCUUUGAGCUUCCAAAUCCCACACAAAAAAAUAAUAAUAAUCAGAAUGAUAGGAAUUGCAAAUCUAGACUGUCCCAUUUUUAAAUGAAUAAACUUUAAACUACACUGAGCCUUUAAUACAGUCUAGAUUAUCUGGAACAUUUUAAAUAUUGCCAGAUGAAUUACCAUAGAAAUGUCAACUGUGAAAAUAGUUUAGGAUCAAGACAGUAAAACACAUACUAGUCAAUAAAGCUAUUUAUAUUUAUGCUAGUCAUUAGACUAUUCCCUGAAGAUAUACAUCAACUGAGCACCAAAAACUAAAAGAAAAAAUUAUUUUUGGUGUGCUGUUCUAAAAACAAAAUUGUUGUGUGCUAAUGAAAUGUUUGAUGGUGACACUAUUUGCUCUCCCCUUAAGACGAAUACCAGACACCAAUCAGUUUUUUAAAAAUAAAAACCAUAACAUUUAACUUUGCUUUCAUAUUACAGAGCUGUAUAUUAAUUCCUCUCUGUAUAUUAAUUCCUCUCUGUAUAUUAAUUCCUCUCUGUAUAUUGCUUUUUUAUUUUUCAGAAACAAACACUGUUCUUUAAGAGUAUCGCAGGAGUGA